AUGCGCUUGUGGGAAGAGGGGCGGUUUGAGCAAUUGGCAGAGAGAAGUGGGGAAGAAGAGAAGAGUGAAGGCAUUCUCAUCUCCUCGGAGGCUACAGAGCUUCUGGAUUUUAUAGACAACCAGGGCCAGGUGCACGUGAUCCAGAAAUACCUUGAGCACCCUCUGCUUCUGGAGCCAGGUCAUCGCAAGUUUGACAUUCGGAGCUGGGUCUUGGUGGAUCAUCAAUAUAAUAUCUACCUCUAUAGAGAGGGUGUACUUCGGACUGCCUCAGAACCAUACCAUGUUGAUAAUUUCCAAGACAAGACCUGCCAUUUGACCAAUCACUGCAUUCAAAAGGAGUACUCAAAAAACUAUGGGAAGUAUGAAGAAGGGAACGAAAUGUUCUUUGAGGAGUUCAAUCAAUACCUAACAAGUGCUUUGAAUACCCUGGAAAGUAGUAUCUUACUACAAAUCAAACAUAUUAUAAGAAGCUGCCUCUUGAGCGUGGAGCCCGCCAUCAGCACCAAGCACCUCCCUUACCAGAGCUUCCAGCUCUUCGGCUUCGACUUCAUGGUGGACGAGGAGCUGAAGGUCUGGCUCAUUGAGGUCAACGGCGCCCCUGCUUGUGCUCAGAAGCUUUACCCAGAGCUGUGCCAGGGCAUCGUGGACAUAGCCAUAUCCAGUGUCUUCCCGCCCCCAGACACCGAGCAGCAGCCCACCCUGCCCGCUGCGUUCAUCAAGCUGUGACCCAGGGGGUGCUCAGAGCUGCCUCAGAAGAAGUAUUUGGUCCUACUCCAGGGGAAGGUGAAAUGUCCGGAAUGCUUAUCCUCAAGCCGAAACAGGAAAAAGGAAAGGCGACUUGCAAAGACAUGAUGGAAGAGAGAGCGUGGGAAAAGAAGGUGACUUCCCCAACAAGUGCUUGCUCUGGAGCCCUCUACGCUGCUGUUCCAAUUUGAGAACUGAGGCAGAUUUCUCUGAGGGGAAAGCAAAGUAUCCUUUGGAGGGCAAAAAAACAGGAAUUUGAUUAUUUUAUGUUCUUAUCCUUUAAAAAAUCUGAUUUUUAUCCUAAGGCAGCGUCGUGAACAGCGCCUCUCCUCCCGGGGUUGUAGCUUUGGACCUUUGGUUGGUGUCUUCCUACCUGCUGCAGCCUUAGUGCCUUACCUCUCCGCCCAGCUGCAACCCUUCUGUUCUGGGACGUGCGUUGGAUGUCAGAGCAUUCUGGAGGUUGCCUGGGUGGUCCCUACUCAUCCCCCUCCAUGGCACUGCACCAUGAAAUUCCGGACAAGCAUGCACCACUAGUUUUUGGUCUGUGCUGUGGGCUGCGUGGCAGUGAAGGGGGUUCCUUCUGUUCCUGAUAGUCUUUGGUGAGUCAGCUGUCAGGGUUGGUAUGGCCUGGACACCUAAACCACAAACGCUGCUCUCUGCAUGUUUUAGAAACCAAGUGGCAAACUCGUAAGCAUCAAAUAAGCAUGAGCGAGAAAAAACACAGUGUCUUGCUUUACUUCAUACUUGAGGGUGGUGGGUCUUUGAAAUAUGAUGCCUCAGUUAUCUUUGUUUUAACCAGAAUUCUACAUGCACUUUUGCAAAGUUCCCUUUUCUUCACUUUUUUUUUUUAAAUUUUAAUUUUUGUGAAAACCCCUCUAGGGGGCAGGAGGAUAGAGUCUCCCCACCCCCAGGUGGCACUGCCCCGGGCACAGAUAGUAUUGCCUCUUUUUGUUCUCCUUGCUUUCCAAGCCCCUUCUGCAGGAGCUGGAGAGGCAGAUUCUAUUCCAAGGAGAUUUGCUGUGCGUGUGCCUCUUGAAAUGAGGGAGGGGCUCUGAAUAAGUAAGUGUAUGUCUCCAAGUGGGAAAAAAAUCGUUUCAGAGCUCCACACUGCAUCUUGUAAGUCAAUAAAUAUGUCCUGUUAGGUGUAGUACCCACUUAGCAUCGAUGAAUAUUACGUAGUCUUCAGGAGGCCACAUAAGUUGCAGUGGGAAGAACAAGAUGCCUUUUACAGUGUGAACUGAGGAGCAGGACCUUUUUUAGAGUGUGCUUGGAACCACAGCAGUCCGUGGAAAGGCAUCUUCCUCCCUAGGACAUGCUAUGUCUCCCUUUGUCCCUGCGUGUGCUUCAUUAUUUGAUUCUACUUGGCUCAAGAAACAGUUCUGCAGUCGGGGAGACUUUUUUAAAAGGAAAAGGCUAUGCCUCCUCAUCCAGGAUGUGAUGUGGGAGCUUACAGUGGAGAAGGGAAUCAUGAUAAAAUUAUUUCACAGAUGCAGCAGUGGGUGUAGAAUGUGAAGGCAUUAUGUCAUGUGAAAUGGAGGAAGGGACGACUAGGUGAGAUUGCAGGGCAUUUGUUUUUGCAAAAUAAGUCUUGGUAGUUACCCAGAAUGUGAAUAGUGAAGUUUGCAUCCUGAGUGAAAUAAAAUAGUCAGUGGUAAAAGUCAAUUCUGGAGGCCCAGUGCAGCUGAUGGGUUAGUGUUUUGGACUUCUAAGCAAAUCAUGGGCAGAUGAACACCCAGGAGAGGGUACUGGGUACCUGGCAAGCAUAGUGGGCUAAUGAUGGGGGAGGCACAGAGGUUUGUAUCAUGUGGUCACGUGCAAAUGCAGAUGUGUAGUGCUUUUUUAGACCUACAUUACAGGGACAUUAAAGAGUUUUCCAGCUCUUAUAAUGACAGGUAAGAAGUAAAUUAGGAAUUAAUACAGAAAGCAUCACAAACAGGAAGUCUGUGGGUCUUGGUGGAAUUUCUAAGAAACCUUAAUUAAUAUAGCAUAUAUGUGCAAGUAAUCAGUCCCUAAAAAAGUUAUACUUUAUUUUUCACAUGGUUUCAAAUAAGUAUUUAGCCAUUUGUUUCUCUUUUGAUGAAAUGGUUAGCUCAGAACUGUUCCAUACCCUUCCAUGAUGUCCUUGGCACAGAUGGUCACACCUUGCUCCCCAGUCAGUCUUCAUAGGUAUAGUCCGUGUACGUGUCGCUAGGGGACAAGGUGUCAUUUAUUUGGAGAUGUCCAUUCCAAUCUUGGUGCUGUCAUUUGGCUGCACAGUGUCAGAGGAACCUGCUAACCUCUCUGUGCCUUAGUUUCUUAUCUCAUGGAAGAGAGUAUUGCUUGACCCAGGGACUACCUCAAGGACUUUCAGUGAGGACAGAUGAGAUUAGCAAGACUCAAGAACCUUUAGUCCCAAGGUUCUCAGUACUGGCUAUAUGCUGGAAUUAGUUUUUAAAAAUGUUGAUGUCCACAUAUUCCCUUUCUUCCUCCCACCCUUGACCAGUGAAAUCGGAACCUCAGACAUGAAGCAGGCUUCAAGAUGCUGGGAAGCGCUGCCUGAGAAAGAACAACAAACAUUUUUACCUUGAAAGAGUCAAACCCUGGGGCUUUAAUAAAUCCCUUCUGGAAGGACAGGGCCUUUAAGAAUGACCAGCUGUUGCCUCUGUAUUCAUGAUGCAAGCCAGUGUUGUCUAAGCGGGUUCUCUUUGCUUCUCCUCAUAGCGCUGGAAACUCAAACACGCUCUCAUUUACUUCAGCAGUUUAUGCAGCCUUGACAACAAAUGUAAACAGACAUGAAUUUAAAUAUCUGCUAAAUAUCUGUUAAGGUUACUAAUUAUUGACAGAAAAGACCUCUCCCUCACAAUUAAUUCCUGUGGUAAUUAUAAACUCUUUUACCCAGAAUAUAUGAAGUGCCUCAGUGUCUGUAUGAUACAAUGGAGCAGGUGCUGAUGUGAUGUCUCACUAGUGCCUCGGGAUGAUUAUCACAGACUUGGAAUAUCUGGUAGUGCUGGAAAUGUAUAAAUCCACAGAUCCCACAAGCAGCGUGAAGCUACAUGAACAUUUGAGGCUGUCAAGUAGGGGUGGUAGGGGUGGUGCAGCCUCACUGUGGGUAUGGUGGGGAGCUCUACCAGAGAAGACAGGGUGCCAGCAUGGGUCCCCUGUAGUAUGUGGGUAUUAUAGAGAAAGUUCAGUGAUACCUUGUCUCUGAUCGUGGACGCUGAAUCUGUACCUAAGAGGAAAUGACUUCUGAAAUAAGGUGACUUUAUGAAUGUCUAAAAUGCCUGGAGCAUUAAAGUAAAGUAAUGAUAUUUCAAGUGUUUUCGUGCCCUUUGGUUCUGUCAUCUUACUGUGGGUGUUGGCUGUCCUAGGAUGUCAUGGGUUAUUUGAAACCAUUUAACCAGAGGUAGGCAGAGUUUUGUAAAGUUU